AUGACCCAGGACACGCCGGAGAGACUGUCUCUCGAUGCUGUCGCCUCGCUGCUCCUCCUUUGCGGCAUCGCCAGUCGGUGGGCUGCGGCCGAAUUCACGACGCAAAGUGAUCGAUGCCCCGUGGACUGGACUCUGUUGAACAAUCGCUGUUACAUCUCCAAAAAUGAGUUCCUGACGUUUGACGAAGCAGAGAACUCUUGCAACCUUCUCGGUGGCUCGCUAGUAUCCAUCCAUUCCAAUCUGGAGAAUGCUGUGGUUAAAGAGCUCAUCGAGUUCCUUCCUCAAGGAGGAGACACCUGGAUUGGACUCUUCACUGAUGCGGAGGGCGUCACGAUGUGGACCGACGCCUCAAAUACGGAGUUUACCGUCAACUUUGAAGGAUUUCUCGAAGAGGGCUGUGUGGCGAUUGAGGAAAACGACAUCGAGUACGUGUGGGCCGUUCGCGACUGCAACACUGCAAUUCCGUACAUUUGCGCCAGGGACAUCUUCCAGUGUGCGUCCAUUUGCGUCGAGGACAAAGUCCACGACUGAGGACGCUGCGACAUUUGACAAGUAGCCCUCCAUCCGUCCCGUAUUUUCAUCCACACCGCUAAAUUCACCCGGAACCUUUGUAUUUCUUUGAAGUAUGAAUCUGGAGUCUUCAUCAGAUUUUUGGGGACAUGUUGUAAAUAUUUUCCAUUGCUUGUAACAAAAAAAAAAAUUGUAAUAAUAACUACACGUGCCCGACUUUUGUGUCGGUCGCGUGUGUUCAGUUCCCACUCAGUGACGGACGGCGUCUAUAUGUGUGCUUGGCGACCAGUCAGUCAGUGUAAUGUUUUUUUUUUUUUUUUUGGUGGGGGAGGGGGGGGCCAAGUUAGCUAGGUCGGGCUCCGCCAAUCCUGUGACCCUUAUGAGGAUGAGCUGCUCAGAAAAUGGACGAAUGGACUCUGGAACCUCAGUGCAAUGUUUAAGCCACAUUUAGUGCACACAUACAGUAUUACACGACGGGCACUGUGGAUCAGCUGGAAAGCAAUGGACUCACAGUUCUGAGGUCCCGGGUUCGAUCCCGGCCCCGCCCGUGUGGAGUUUGCAUGUCCUCCCCGUGGCUGCGUGGGUUUUCUCCGGACACUCCGCUUUCCUCCCACAUCCCAAAAAACACACGACAUUAAUUGGACACUCUAAAUUGACCGUAGGUGUGGUUGUGAGUGCAGCUCUUGUCUGUCUCCAUGUGCCUUGUGAUUGGCUGGCGACCAGUUCAGGCUUCCUGCCCAUUGACAGCUGCGAUAGGCUCCAGCACUCCUCACGACCCUUGUGAGGAUAAGCGACAAUGCGAAGAUGGAUGGAUGAAUAGUGUAUGUUAUAUAUUACCCGUCGGCACUGUGGGUCAGCUGGAAGGCAUUGGCCUCACAGUUCUGAAGUCCCAGGACCCGCCUGCGUGGGUUUUCUCCGGGCACUCCAAUUUCCUCCCACAUCGCCAAAACAUGCAACAUUAAUUGGACACCCUAAAUUGUCCCUAGGUGUGAUUGUUUGUCUCUAUGUCCCCUGCGAUUGGCUGGCAACCAGUUCAGGUUGUACCCCGCCUCCUGCCCGUUGACAACUGGGAUAAGCUCCAAGACUCCCCGCAACCCUCGUGCGGAUAAGCGGCUAAGAAAAUGAAUGGAUUAAUUGGGCACUCUAAAUUGCCCGUAGGUGCGAUUGUGUUUGUUUGUCUCUAUGUGCCCUGCGAUUGGCUGGCGACCAGUUUAGGGUGUACCCCGCCUCCUGCCCAAUGACAGCUGGGGUUGGCUCCAACACUACCACGACCCUUGUGAGGAUAAGCGGCUAAGAAAAUGGAUGGGUGGAUAUAUAUUACCCAAAAUCCUCUACAGCAGAAAAUAUUUAAAGCAACGGACCACCACCGUUUUCUAGACUACGUGAAGACGCUUGGGUGUUUCACACAAUAUACUUUACAAAUAAUUAGACCACAGAAAUACAUAUUGUGAUCAAAUAAAAUUGUUUACAUAAACAAAAUGCAUCAGGACUACUGUUUUCCUGAACGGUGUAAACAUUCAUACGCUGGGGAAAACAACUUUAAACAGCAAAUAUAAAAUACAGAAACAUGCACGAGGUCACAUUUCGAGUGAGAGACAAAAAAAAGAUGGAAAAUUGAAAGAGAGCAAGCUGGAAACUUUUUUUUUCAUGGAGAUCAUUUAGACUUUUGCAUUGCAUAUGAUC